AACAGCACCCCACCCCGCACGCCGAGUUGACAUGAGGGAACAUGAGGGAGAGAACAGGAAGACCUUCCCCAGCCAAGUGAACAAGAUAUACACUCUGAGCAUAAAACAUCCAGAAGCUAUUUUCAGCCACACAAUGGAGGAUACAGAGAAAGGUUCCCAGGAGCAUCCAGACUCAGUCCCAGAGAUGGGCGAGGAUGCAGUAACAUCUGUCAGUCCAUCUUCUCCACCCGCCAUGACAGAGGAGGAGCGUCAGGAGCUUCAAGAGGAGUUGGCCAAGGUCGAGGAUGAGAUCCAGACUCUCACCCAGGUUUUGGCUGCAAAGGAGAAGCAGCUGGCGGAUAUUAAGAGGAAGCUGGGCAUCACACCUCUCAAUGAGCUGAAACAGAACAUCACCAAAACCUGGCAGGAGGUCACCACCUCCACUGCCUAUAGGAGGACAUCUGAAACGCUGUCUCAGGCCAGUCUGAAGGCUACAGCUGCCUUCUCCAACAUGGGCUCAGUCAUCAGCAGGAAAUUCGAGGAUGUCAGGAACGCACCACCUUUCAAGUCAUUUGAGGAGAAAGUGGAGACACUGAAGACUAAAAUCACUCCAUCAACCACCAGCGAUCCGGGCAACCAGGACGACGGCAGUCCAGCAAGCAGCGAGUCUUUGAUCAAUCAGCCAGAGGAUUCUCCCACCCCUGACCCGCUGAUGCACUGAGGCCAACCUAACCCCGUCCCUGACCUCCUCUUUCUCCACUUGACCCUCUAACCUUUUGGCCAUCGACCCCCCCACACCCUAUACUCUUAUGCGCCAGUUUCCAUUUAUUGGAAGCAAAUUACUUAGAAGCCUUCCCUGUGAUCUAAUUGUCUGCUCUUUUCUUUCACACGUGUGCUCACUUGUUAACUUGUGUGGAAACUGAAAGCAUGGGAUGGGUUCAGGCACGUGGUUUUGUGCCUGUUGUGCACAUUGAGUGUGUUUGGGAUCGUUGUGAGAGAAACCUUCCCUGCUGUGUUUUUUUUUUUUCUUUCCCAUGCACUCCUUUUUUCUCUGCCUUUGUUUCUCCAGCAAAGAUCAGAUGCCAAACAUGCUCCAGUUUGUUGUUUCUUUAUCAAAUUAUCACCCAGGUUAAAAAUUGUACAAUGUUCACUUAGUUUCAUUCAAGAAGGAGUGACAUAAAUUUUUCUUUUUCUUUUUACGUGAGCCAGGUAGUUAUUGGCCCUGCAUUAUAUGUUGGUGUAAUUGUUAUAAACAGUUUUGUGGUUUACCUCCAGUUUGGAUUUAUUCUUGUUUGCUGUGGGUUACCUUUAUGGGCCAAACUGUUCUGUUUCCAUUUUAGACAUCAUACAAUAGUCAUAACACUGUGUCUAAAUAAUAUGAAAUUGCCUUUUUGUUUCAUAGAGCACAAGUAUGACCCCAUGUUGUAAUUGCUCAGCUUUUUGGGUCAGAUUAAACACUGUCAUGAGUGCAACUACAGACUUAAAAGUAGGAACACAUUUAAAAUGAACAAAUCCCGUCUAUUGGGAAGCUAUGCACAGCUACAGGAAAACAGCCAAGAUCAGCAGAACAGUCAGAGCAAACACAGCGUCGAUGUUCAGCCUUGACCCGAGGUGAGAGCGAAAUAAAUGUCUCUUCUACAGCCAGCCAGAGUCAAUAUUUAAACACCCGUCCAUUGUUUCAGUGAGGGAGGUGACACCUAUCCUCCCAACACUGUGUGUAAUAUGCUUACACAUAGUCCAGGCUUUCCCCUAAUGUUUCCCUACGUUUUUUUUUUUUGUUUGUUUUGUUUUUUGAGGUUCAUGGAAAAUUAUUAAAAACUGCUUGUUUUGAUUUAGUGGUUGCAUACUGCAUGAAACAAGUACUAUAUUUUGCAGUAAUUUUCUGCAACAUUAAACUGAAAUCAGAUCAGAGUCAUCUCAGCGUCAUCUCUCUGUGCUGUUGUUUAUAUCCUAAAAACUAUUUAACUAGUGAACAGUUACUCUCAUCAGACACCUUGUUUUUUUCCAAAUGACUAAUAUGCACAGGUCUACUGAUGAGUUAAAGUUAACAGAGCCUAUUUGAACACAAGCUUGACUAAAGUGAGGGAGUCCAAACACUUGAACCAGCCUGGUACAAGUCCUCCCCUGCUGGUGGACUAGAGGUGCAGCAUGACUGUUAAUCGCCUCUUAACAGCCAGUCUGAACUCUAGUGAUGCAACUCGCCAAACAGACUGUGGAUCAGGCUCUUGGUUUCUUUAUUAACGUUACUAAAGUAUCUUCUGUCUCCGUGUAACACUAUUUGACCUGCUUCACUUUAAGAGAAUUUGGUACAGCUUUUUUUUUUUUAUCUCUGGCAUCAGGAUUUUAUUUGAACACAUAUUUAACAUUCACAUAUUUUGUUCUGUAAGUUGUUUUGUUCUAAGCAACCGCAGUGAAAAUGUGCUCAAAUUAAAAUACUUUUAAAG